CUUCCCACCCCCGCCCCCCCACCUUCGCUGACAGGUUGCCUCAGCUCUACCCCGCCCAGCAUCGCGGUGGAGGAGCCGGGAAGUCGGAGCGGCCAGAGGCAUUUACGGCUGUGGCGUGCCGGAAGGUGCUAGGGUGCAGCCGCCGGGGCGUUUUGUUGUUUUCCGGAUUCUGGGGUCUGGAGUUGGUGAACUAGAAAUCAAGUGUCAGUUUUACACCUGAUUUCCACAGUCUUCAGUUGUGGAGAGCUGAAGAUUCACUCAUGACAUUGCUAACUACUUCAGAAAGGACCCUUCAAUCCUGGGAAGGUAUGUUAUGUAUAAAAGUGGAUUAAUUUCCAUAUUAAAUGAAAAUGGCCAAUUCUUUAAGAGGAGAAGUACUGAAUCUUUAUAAAAAUCUGCUGUAUCUUGGACGGGACUAUCCAAAAGGAGCAGACUAUUUUAAAAGGCGUUUGAAGAAUGUUUUCCUUAAAAACAAAGAUGUGAAGGAUCCAGAGAAGAUCAAAGAACUUAUUGAACGAGGCGAAUUUGUCAUGAAAGAGCUAGAAGCCUUAUACUUCCUUAGGAAAUACAGAGCUAUGAAACAACGCUAUUAUUCAGAUAUUGACAAAACUAAAUGAUCAUUAGUACUACAAAAUCAGCUGAAAAAUCGGUACCAGCUGUUUGUGUAUACCAAAUAUUUUAAGCUAGAAUUGCAAGACAUACAUGUAUAAAAAAUACCUGAGCUGUCCUGCUGAACCAAAAUUAGUAUGUUCCAACCCUUUUAACUAAGAGCUGUAUCCACAAUCUUUUAUGCUCAAUUUUUAAUUAAAUAAUUUAGUUAUACUACCAAUUAUAAAUUAAGAAGAACCCAAUUUUGCAAGAAAUAAAAUAGUUUUCUAACUUAAUAGGUUUUAUAGUCUAUUACUUUUAGCCAAUUUCUCCCUUAUACUGACUGACAAGAGAAUACCAUUUAAUAAGAAAAAUAAUUUCUUACAUAUUCAUUCCCCUUAACUUUUGGAGUACCUUUAUUAUUGAUACAUUAAAGCACAUAUUAAAGGAUGAUUAAAAAACAGCCCCCAGUAAUGAUUUAAAUGCAGUUCUAGAAAUAACAGAUAUGAUUACUUCUGACCUUGAAAUAGCCUCCCAGUGAUUGGCAUUACAUAAAUUUAGUUCUUUCCAUCAUUAACUUUGCUGUUAACUCCCUUGGGCCUUAAAUCAUUUGUUGUGGAUCAAUUACCUUCUUUCACAAAUAACAACAUUCUUUUUUGUCAUAAAAGCAGAUUUGUUUUGCAUCUACUUCUAUGUGAGUUAACAUGGCAGUGGGCCUAACCCUAAUAUGAAUUUAAAUUCAAACAUUACAUAAUGUCCUCAGCAACUUCUAUAAACAAAGAACAUUAAUAACUUGUAAAAGCUAUAAAAAGGAUCCACUGGUAUAGGUUAGUGUCUACAGCUAAUAAAAUAUUCCGUAUCAAUUGUGGAGCAAAUGUUUAGAAUGUCCAUGAAGAAAUACACAUUGUCAGGAGUUGUGAUAUAGCUCAGUGGUAAAGCAUUUGCCUAACACGUGAGGCCCUGGGUUUGAUCCUUAGCACUGCAAAAAGAGAAGAAGGGGGGUGGGCAAGAUUACAAAGAAAUAAGAAAGACACACUACCAUAGUCACCGUAACUAUUUUUUAUUACAUUACAAUAAUUAGGAGCAGUACAGUUCAUGACAAAAAUAUUACAAAUUUCAGAUCACUUCACAGCACAUACUCCUAUAAACAUUUAAAAGUUAAUUUUAAUUAAAAGAGUGGUCAUUUUUAAAUUUAACAUUUGAUAUGACCAACAUUCCUAGGUCAGCGCAACCAAUGAUGGAAAACAACUGGAUCACACUGCAUAUGUCCCACAAAAAAAGCACAAUGUACAAAAUGUGCAUGUUUCAGUUUACACUAUACAAAAAUAGUUAAAAUACAUUCCAGGUAAACAUGUUACAUUAAGAAAUAGUACUAGUAAGAAAUUGGCACUCAAAGGAAAAAUGCAAAAGUAUUUUCAACAUGAAAACACAAGACAGUGGAACUGGAAACUUUCAGAUGAAACAUCAUAUAACUCAUUUCGCUCUACUGGGGUGGCGGGGGUGGGCCUUCUGAAAUUGACAUUUCUGCAGUAAUAACUUUGUUUUUCCUAAUUCAUCUAAAAUGCCUAUCAUCAUCCCAAACAGGCACUUUAAACUAUUAAACUAAAACACAAAUCUUAAACUAGCUAUGACUAUUCUUCAAGAACUAAUAUAUGUCUUUAGAAAGAAAUAAUUUUCAUUGACAAUUUCACAGCUACCAGUUUUAAGUUAAUCACUGUCUCAAUGUAGAAUUCAUGCUACCCAAUAUUAACAUAGAAGUUAUUAAUAAAUUCAGCUUUAAAAUAACUGCUAGGUUCUUAAAAACAUUUAUCAAGAAAUUAUAAUUUUUUGACAAAUGGGAAAUUAUUUCAGAUAAUUUUUACUGUCUACAAAAUAAACCCCUGUGUGUGUGUGAGUGUGUAUAUAUUAUAUAUUGUUUGGGAGAAAAAAAUGGUUAGAAGACAAAAAAAAAAUCACUAGAAUAAAAAUGAGAUGAGUUGUGCAAACUGUAACUUAACAUGCCUCACAAUGUUUGUUUAAGGACAAAAUUGUGCAAUGGUGGCAAAGGUUUUUGAUAACCUAUAAAAGUCAGGUUCUAAAUUCCUAUGCAGUGUGACUCAGUUAAUAGAGCCUAGAAUUCCUAAUUGAGAACAUUCACUCAAAUAAUACUACAAAUGUCUGCUAUAUUCUUCCCAUAAACGUUAAUGUCUAAGACUAAUUUAGCACUAUUUUCCAACUUCAAGAAUUUUUAUCUUUAAGGCUGUCGUAAUUAGGUAACAUUUAUGUUUAUUUCUAGAAUUCUGUCCUCUUUUAAAAUCUUUACAAAACAGUGUUAAACCAUUCAAACAUAAUAGAGGAUAAUUACCACUACCUUAAAAAAAUUUGCCCAGCUACAUCAAGAAAUUCAGGAGUCCUAAGCAUCCUGAAUACUGCAAUUCCUGAAUUGUCCAUUUCCUUCUCUGUGUAGAAACAAAAGGUAUUGCAUAAGUCUUAAUAUCCUACCCAGUGUUCCAUGAAUCUGUAGUUUAAUAGAGCAUUUCAGAAAUCAUAUUGAUUUUUACACAGAAGUUUCCUUUUCUGUGAAUUAGCUCAGGCACCUGUUUUAUUUGUACCCCAAUAAAAUUAUUUUAGAAGUCAAUAUUUAAUUUUAAAAGUCUAUUUUAAUUACUUAUACAAAAAGAAAACUAGAAUAUUACAUACUUGGGAAUUUUUACUCCUUUAAAACAAUGAAGUGAUUACUUAUAUAAUGUUGCUGGAUUAAACAGUUACAAUAGAAUUACAGAAAAACACCAAUUGUAGAAUUGAAGAAAUCUGACAGACCAAACCCCCUUUUUGCCAAACAAAAAUGUGCAUUAUAUUACCGCCUCUGGGUCAUCUGCUGAAAGCUUUACUAAGGUAUUACAGACCAUUCUAGCACUCCUUAAGGAUAAGGAAUUAUGUCCCUUUGGGGAUACCAUAUCUCCAGUGCCUUGUAUGGUGGCUGGCAUAUGACAGGCACUGAAUAAAUAUUUGUUGAACAGAUCAGUUUUGCUAAAAAGUAAGCUUUAUGAAUAAAUUUCAAAGUUUUCACUGUAGGAAGGUUUUAGUUAUUACAACAAUGGAAUGUAUCAUUGUUACCAGGAUAAUCCUAGAUGUACAUUUGAGCACUACCUUUAUUAAGUUCUCCUUCCACUGGAUAGGGUCCUGUCUGUUCACAAUAGGUUUAAAAAUCGCUACUUAAUCACCAAUGGACCAGGCAGUAAAGACAUCACGUUCAAAGGAUCAAGAUUAAAUUGCUACAGCAACUAGCUGAAAAUUAGCUGUCAUGUCCAAUCCCAUUAUGGUAUCUGUCAGAUUAUUUUGAGCCUGGGGGGAAGAGACAAUUUUGAUGUACCUUAAUGGGCAAACUUCAUGGAGACAUCCAUAGCAGCAAUAAAAUUUGAGGCUAGGGGAAUUAAAGUACUUAAAAAAAAUGAUUCAAUUCAUGUGGCAUGUGGAAGAGUAGACAGGCAAAAUGUCAUUAAUAUGGGAGAAUGGAUAUUCAAAUAUAUACUUCACCUCUUGCACAAUUUUGCCCUGGCAUUGAAUACAGGUAAAAAGUUACAGAUUGUGCUGAGCUUGACAAAUAGGUAUAUCUUUAUGUAAACAAUGUAAAUUACAUAGAUGUAAAGCCUUUGAAAUAACUUCUUUAAACAUGGACAGUGACCUGCCCAAAAUUAGAGUUCUAAAAGACAUUUAUCUAGAAUCUAACACAUUUUCCUCCUAGUCCAGUGAUAUUUUCAUCUCACCACACCAUCUCACUUUAAAUAUUUUAAAUUAAGUAACACUUCAAAUGCACUGUAAGAACUGGACUUUAUUAUUUAUGUAUUUUCAAGGCAUUAGAUAUUCUUAAAUAUGGAUCAGACUUGAAAAGCAUUUAUGAAAUGUUACUUUAGCCAGGGUUAGAAGAACUAUAAAAGUAGAGAGUUUGAAACUUUAAUUCAUUGCUUAAAAAAAAAAAAAAAAA